AUGCCCAUGGACGCCCGCGAGCUCGCCCAGCGCAUCAAGACGCUGCAGACCUCGGUCACCAAGAACGACCCGCCCUCCGAGGUCAUCGCGCAGCUCGAGGCCAUCAAGCGGGAUGCUGCGCCCACCGAGGAGAUGCUGCGAAGCACCAAGGCCGGCGUGAUUGUUGCCCGACUCAACAAGAACACCAACAAGGAUGUCGCCCGCCUGGCCGGCGAGAUCGUCGCCAAAUGGCGAAAGAACGUCGAGGCCGAGAAGAAGGCCCGCGACGCCAAGGGAAAGCCCUCGCCCUCCCCCGCCUCCCCCGCCCCGAAGCCUGCCGCCGGACCCAAGAAGAAGUUCGAGGGCGAUGCCGAGAAGCGCACCUUCAGCACGGAGAAGGUCGACACCAAGCGCACCGGCAUCCAGGAGCGCGACGGUUGCAUCGGCCUGAUCUACAACGGCCUCGCCUACCGAUGCUACGAGCCGGCCGAGACGGUGCUCCAGCGCGCCAUGGAGGUCGAGAACGCCGCCUACAAGUUCUACAACGGCACCACCAAGGAGUACAAGAUGAAGAUCCGAUCGCUGUUCUCCAACCUCAAGGUCAAGACCAACCACGAGCUCGGCCAGGGCGUCAUGUCCGGCGAGAUCGCGCCCGACAAGUUCGUCCGCAUGUCGUCACAGGAGCUCAUGUCGGCCGAGCAGCGCCGACUGAACGCUGCCCUGGAGAAGGAGAACCUCAACAAGGCCCAGGUUCCCAUCGCCGAGAAGAGCAUCAGCGAGGAGCUGCAGUGCGGCAACUGCAAGGCCAAGAAGGUCAGCUACACGCAGGCGCAGACCCGCAGUGCCGAUGAGCCCAUGACGACCUUCUGCGAGUGCAUGAACUGCGGCAAACGUUGGAAGUUCUCUUGA